AUGGCGAAAGGACCCAUCUUUCUUGCUGCUCUUGCGGCUUUAUCCCCAUGGGUAUACGACAGAUAUCAAGCACUCUCAGCAAUGCUGGAGAAUAGACCUGGGAGAUUACAAAACUUCAACGGCUUUGGAAGCCAUGAAGUCAAGUUCCGCGAUGAAUUGCGCAAUUGCGAGGAUGUGCUCGUGGAAGAAAACAUGGGUAUCGCCUUUUUGAGCUGCAACCCCGAGCGGGAUCAAUGGAAUACUGUUAUGGGCACAUUGGUACAGCCCGUCGCCGGCAAAGAACCCCCACACAUCUGGAUCUACGAUUACUCAACCCCCUCCCAAUCCCUCAAACCCCUCACUCUAACCAACUACGCCAACGCAUCAGACUUCCAACCCCUAGGCAUAGAAUUUGAUGCCGCAACAUCAACCCUCUAUGUCAUCAACCACUCCCGCAACUCCGGCAACAUCAUCGAAGUCUUCCAGGUUUCAGUCCAAGACGCAGUAGCAACACAUGUACAGACGGUAAAGCACCCGCUUCUCUACACGCCUAAUUCCAUCCACUCCCUGGGUGACGGGAAGCUGCUAGUGACAAACGACCACUUCAUCAGCUCGCUGAUUUCCCCUCUGCUCUCGACCAUUGAGACAUUUGCGGGUGUACCUGGUGGAAGCGUUGUAUACACCGAUAUCCGCAAUAUGUCACGAACGAAAACUCUAGCUCGACUCCCCUUUGCUAACGGUAUCACGAUGCUUAACACGACAAGCGUAGCCGUCGCAUCAUCGUCCAAACCAGGUCUUUACUUUUACACGCUGGACGCUGAAACUCCUAGUCUGCAAUUCGCUACCUUUGUACGCGCGCCAUCGGGCGUGGAUAAUCUUGCCGUUGACUCAACGGGUAAGCUUACCAUGGCUGGUCAUCUGUUUGCCCCGGAGUUGGUCAAGGUAAGCAAGGCGAGGGCGAAUUGCGAUAUGUCGGGGUCAGAAGAGGCGAGGAAGGCUUGUGAGUGUAUGGCGCCUAGUUGGGCGGCGGAAUGGAGCGAGGAGGGUGGUUUUAAGACGUUGUAUAGGAAUAGUGGGGACGAGUUUUGCAGUAGUAGUACGUUUGCGAGGGAUGUGCGGAGGGGUGUGGGAUUUGUUACGGGGUUGUAUGAUAGGGGGCUCUUGGUUGUUAGGGAGUGA